ACUGGUUGUCCUCAGAGACUCGUACCUGAUCCAGGAGCUGCUGGAUGACGUUGAUCUCACCUAAACCUGGACCCAGCUCCUUCAACAACUGCACGUCCCUCACCUGGAACCAGGAGAACCAAUCAGAGAGGAGCGUUCAUCUGGGACUGUAACACAGAACUCAGGCAGAUCUCAGGUCGCCCCUGCUGUAACUUGAAGGACCCCUGAAGUGGCUCGUCCGUCCGAGACAACAUUAGCUAACACGCUAACGCGCUAACCCUAACCCACCGCCGGAGAGGAGCCGCCGCGGCCUGGACAUGGCGGACCCGCCUCUGAAGAAGGAGACCAACACUCUGGACGUGGCUGAGGUGGAGAGCAGGAUCAAAGCGCUGUGUCAGCAGUUCCCUCAUGGCAUCACAGACCAGGUGAUCCAGAACGACAUGCCUCACCUGGAGCCCCAGCAGAGAGCCAUGGCCAUCAACAAGCUGCUGUCACUGGGUCAGCUGGACCUGCUGAGGAACAGCUCAGGUCUCUUGUACAGGAUGAAGGACAUUCAGAGCGCCAGUAAGAUGAAAGGCUCAGACAACCAGGAGAAGCUGGUCUAUCAGGUCAUCGAGGACGCAGGAAACAAAGGAAUCUGGAGCCGAGACAUCCGCUUCAAGAGCAACCUGCCGCUGACGGAGGUCAACAAGAUCCUGAAGAGCCUGGAGAGCAAGAAGCUCAUCAAAGCCGUCAAGUCGGUGGCGGCGUCCAAGAAGAAGGUCUACAUGCUGUACAACCUGCAGCCGGACCGCUCGGUGACGGGCGGCGCCUGGUACAGCGACCAGGACUUUGAGUCCGAGUUUGUAGAAGUUCUCAACCAGCAGUGCUUCAAGUUCCUGCAGAGCAAGGCCGAGGCGGCGAGGGACAGCCAGCAGAGCCCCAUGGUCCAGAGGAACAGCUCCUUCGCCACCUCGCAUGAAGUCUGGAAGUACAUCUGUGAGCUGGGAAUCAGCAAGGUGGACCUGUCCAUGGACGACAUCGAGACCAUCCUCAACACGCUGAUCUACGACGGGAAGGUGGAGAUGACGGUCGUCGCCGCCAAGGAGGGCACGGCGGGCAGCGUGGACGGCCAGAUGAAGCUGUACCGCGGCGUGCAGCCCGUCCUCCAGCCCACGGGCCUCGUGCGGACGCCCUGCGGACUCUGCCCGGUGUUUGAGGACUGCCACGAGGGAGGAGAGAUCUCUCCUUCGCGCUGCGUCUACAUGGCGGAGUGGCUGGACUUCUGAGGCCGGGAGGACGGCUCUGGUUGGUUGUCCCGGGGAUCCGGGCGCCGCCCUCUUUUUUAUUUUUCUAUUUAUCUCUCUGUUCAAAUAAAAAGAAAAGCUGAA